AUGUUUUUUCUCUUCUCUUUCGUUUUUUUGUUAACUUCCAAUGAGCUGCAUUCUUCAGUACCACCAAGUCUACUUUUUAUCCUUCUUACCUGUUUUUUCUUCCUUUUCCUUUUCUUCGUUUUUCUUUCUAAAUUUUACCACUUACCAUCACUUUACGUCUUCCUGCUUUUCCUUCUAUUCUUCUUACAUUUCCUUCCUUUUUUUCUUCUUAAUUCUGCUUCACGCUUUUCUUUUUCUUCUUACAUUUUCUUGCCGCUUAUCUUACUUUUCUUCAUACAUUUUUUCCCGCUUUUCCUUCUUUUCUUCGUACAUUUUCUUCCUUGUUUUCUUCUUACAUUUGCUUCCCGCUUUUUGUUCUUUUUUUUCUUACAUUUUCUUCCCGCUUUUCCUUCAUUUCUUCUUGUAUUUCUUCCUGCUUUCCAUUUUAUUCUUCUUACAUUUCCUUCCCGCUUUUCCUUCUGUUCUUACAUUUUCUUCCGUUUUUCUUUCUUUUCUUCUUUCAUUUUCUUCCUUCUUUUCUUCUUAAAUCUGCUUCACGGUUUUCCUUCUUUUUUUCGUUCAUUUUCUUCAGGAUUUUCUUUCUAUUCUGCUUACACUUUCUUCUGCAUUUCCUUCUUUACUUCUUACAUUUUCUUCCCGCUUUUCCAUCUUUGGCUCUUACCUUUUUAG